AUGACAAAGAGUAUGCUCUCUUCAUCCAGGUGCAUUGGCUGUCCUGAACAGAGGCCCAUUGACAAUUUGAAGUUCAAAACCAACUGCAAUUUGUUAGCAUACAUUGAUACAAUAUUUUCCUGGGACUGGGUAUUCAAUUCAUGCUUGUGUCUGUUCACCGCAUGA